AUGAAUGUUAUUAAAGUGAAAUGCGGUCAUGCUAAAGCAUGUAUAACUCGAGCAUUAUCAUUUGCGCAAUCCAUUAGUGAUUCCACAACGCUUGGCUCGUUGGAAAUUCACUUGGUACGUCUUACGGAGGCCUGGUCUAGUUUCACAGCUCUACAAGACAAGUUGUUUGACUUUUGUGAUGAUGAAGAUUUCACAGAUCCUGAGCAAGAGUUUGCCGAGUACGAAGAGAAGUACUGCCAAGCGCAUUCUUUAAUAAAUACUUCAAUUCGUCAAAUUUCGAACUCAAAUACUCAUCCCGAUCAAUCAAUUGAUGAGAAAUUGGCUGCUCAGCAGACUUUAUUUCUAAAAAAAUUGGAUGUGACACAAACACACAACGCUAAAACGAUAAAGUUGCCAGAAUGUAAAAUACCUACAUUUAAUGGUGACUAUAAGGACUGGCCGGGUUUUAAGGAUCUGUUCACGGGAACAAUUGAUCGCAAUCCUUCGAUUACCGCUACUCAAAAAUUUCAAUAUCUAAAAUCGUUCUUGGGUGGCGACGCCGCGAAUCUAAUUAAACAUAUAUCUUGUACCGAGAAUAAUUACAUAGAAGCUUGGGAUAAACUUGAGGCGCGUUUCGAUAAAAAACAUUUGAUUAUUCAAUCGUUCAUUCAGUCUUUUAUUUCAUUGCCAUCGUGUAGUUCUCCCAACGUGCAAUCUCUUCGAAAACUAACAGAUGGUGCUGAUGAGACUCUACGAGGCUUAAAGGCACUUGAUUCUAACUCCAGAGAUCCCUGGCUCAUUUUUAUUUUGUUACAAAAAUUAGACUACGAUACCAAACAGGCAUGGGCUGAAGAACGUGCAUCAAGUGACGAAUGUAGUACCAUAGAGCAAUUUGUUGAGUUCUUAGAAAAUCGUUGUAGUUGUUUGGAAUCCUGCUAUACAUCAACUCGUGCCUCCAAAACAUCUACCAAAACUCAAAAUAGUGUUCGAACACACUUAGUGGAAACCAAGGUAGUGUGCCCAAUGUGUACGGAAGAUCAUAUUCUUCCAUCAUGUAAAACUUUUAUUCGUUUAGAUGUAAACGCCCGUCGUAAUUUCGUAAAAGAAAAAGGUUUAUGCUUUAACUGUCUUCGAAAUGGUCAUGCUUCGAACAAAUGCCGUUCAACAUUUCGGUGUAAGAUGUGCUCGUCACGUCACCACACUCUUGUACAUCCUACACAUAAUACAAACACCUCGUCAACAAGCUCAAUGUCAAACCCGGUUGCUAUUCAACACCAUGCUUCUUCUGCUUCUUCGUCGACGCCUCAAGACUCUGUAGAUCCUAUUGUGAUUAACCACUCUAUCAAAACAAAUCAUCGUGCUAGUGCUAUUAUUCCUACUGCUGUAGUAAAGGUUUGUGAUAAGCAAGGAGCUUAUCAAAACCUUCGUGUACUUCUCGACACAGGAUCACAAGUGUCCUUCGUAACGGAGCAAUGUGUGCAACGCUUAGGACUUCCCCGAAAAAACUCUCGUAUUCCUAUAAUGGGAAUUUCAUCAACAUCUGCAGGUGUUACCAAUGGUUUGGUUAGCCUGACUUUGCAGUCGAGAUAUGAUUCAAAUUUUAUUGACAUUGAUUGUUACGUCAUCUCAAAGUUGACAUCUUUACUUCCAUCAGCUGCAAUAACCAAUAUCGAUUUCACUGCAUUCCUUUCCAUGAAUUUGGCAGAUCCAAAUUUCAAUUUGCCUGGUCCAAUAGACGUUUUAAUUGGAUCAGAUAAAUUCUUUAGCGUUAUUGAGGGACCUUCGAAACCUUCUGUGACAGGGGGUCUUAAAUCAAUACCGACUAUAUUCGGCUGGGUGAUAGCAGGAAGCUGUCAGCAGCAUACUUCACAAGCUAUGGAAGUGAGUACUCACUGUACCCAACUAGAUUACUCACAAGAAUUCGAUUUAGAACGUUUUUGGCGAUUAGAAGAAGUUCAUCACGAACCACUUCUAUCGAUUGAGGAACAACGGGCUGAAGAGCAUUUUGUUUCAACACACCGCCGUCACGAAGAUGGAAAAUACAUCGUUAUGUUGCCAUUUAAGUCAAUUUCAAAUAUUUCACCAGACAAUUCUUUUCGUCUGUCUUUAAAUCGACUUUACUCUAUUGAGCGGAGAUUUUUAUACAAUCCAGAUCUUAAAAAACAAUAUUCGAGUUUUUUGGAUGAGUACUUAGCGCUGGGUCAUAUGAAGGAAAUUCCGUUAGAUGAACUACAGCAGAUAACACCACAUUAUUAUUUACCCCAUCACCCAGUAUUUAAAGGAGAAAGUAGUACAACCAAAGUUCGCGUCGUUUUCGAUGGCUCAGCUAAAUCACACAACACCAAUUCUUCGUUAAAUGAAUCACUUCUCGUUGGCCCCACAAUUCAGCGCGACAUAUUUUCCAUAUGUCUUCGAUGUCGACGCCAUUUAUACACUCUUUCGGGGGACAUCGAAAAGAUGUACCGCCAAAUAUGGGUUUCACCAAAUCACACCGAUUUUCAAAGGAUUGUUUGGCGCGAAGGUCCCGAAGAUCCUGUAAAACAUUACAAGCUUUUGACCGUGACAUAUGGUACUUCUGCUGCCCCAUUUUUGGCAGUGCGAACACUUAAACAACUUGCGUUAGAUUCCUCAAAAAACCACCCUCGCGUUUCUUCGAUAAUCGAAAACGAUUUUUAUGUCGAUGACGUCAUCACCGGCGCUGAUUCCAUUGAGGAAUUGAGUGCUCUUCGAGAUGAACUUGUGGAAGUUCUCAAAUCUGCAGGUUUCAAUCUUCGAAAAUGGACCACUAACUGUUGGCCUCUUCUAUUAUCACUACCGGAAGACCAGCGAGAAAUUUCUCCAGUUGAGUUCGAAGCAUCGAAUAUAAUCAAGGUUCUAGGGUUACAGUGGUGUCCAUCUAAAGAUUGCUUUACCUACAAGGUAAAUCUUCCAAGCCAAUCAGUUUGUACAAAACGCCGAAUACUUUCUGACGCUUCGCGAAUAUUUGACCCACUUGGAUUCGUCGCUCCCGUCAUCGUCGCUAUCAAAAUAUUCUUCCAAGACCUGUGGCGGGAAAGGUUAGGCUGGGAUGACACGCUACCGGAUGAACUAGCGCAUCGUUGGACUCUUAUUCGAGAUGAACUUCAUUUAAUCGAGUCGAUUUCAGUUCCUAGGCUCAUAUGGACCAACAAAAUUAAUUGUGAACUACACGCCUUUUGCGAUGCAUCGUUGGAUGCAUAUGCAGCUGUUGUGUAUUGCCGUAGCAUCAGCGUUUCUGGAGAGAUAACAGUUUCAUUGGUGGCAGCCAAGAGCAAGGUCGCUCCAAUAAAGAUUCUCUCUCUGCCAAGACUUGAGCUUUGCGGAGCUGUUCUUUUAACACGUCUCGUCAACAAAAUAAAAUUAUCUUUGCAGGCUAGUGAUCUAAGAGUAUUUGCAUGGACAGACUCUUCAAUUGUUCUCCAUUGGCUGUCUGCACCUCCCAAAAAGUGGUCGGUCUUCAUUGGUAACCGGACAUCAGAGAUCCUAUCGUCAAUCCCGCUCAAAUCAUGGAAUCACGUUCGUUCUGCAUGUAAUCCGGCUGACGUUGCAUCACGUGGAAUCCCACCGUCUUUUCUAAAGUCUACGGAAAUCUGGUGGAUGGGUCCAUCUUGGCUCUGCAAAGAAUCUCACGAAUGGCCAGAAUCAGAAUGUGGUAUACAAGAGAUACCAGUUGAUAAAUUGGAAGAACGGAAGUCAAACAAGGUCCAGGUAUUUCUGUCUAAUUUAACAAGUGAUACUAUUCUUCAAGAAAUUAUUGCUAAUUCUUCAGAUUGGAUGAAAUCCGUUCGCGUUCUGGCAUAUAUUUUUCGUUUUAUUAGAAACUAUUUGCAUUUACCCAAAGGUAAUAAUUGUAAUUAUCUCUCAACAGACGAAAUUGCAGAAUCAAAGACUCGAUUAAUAAAAUACGCUCAAAAUUCAUCAUUUUUUUCUGAAAUUAUGAUUCUUCAGAAUGGCAAACAAUUAUCUUCACGCAACAAACUAAUAUCCUUAUCUCCGUUUCUUGAUCGUGAUAACGUGCUUCGUGUCGGUGGCCGUCUAAACUACUCAGAUUUAUCUUAUAAUGAAAAACAUCCCAUAAUUUUAUGCAAAUCGCACCGCGUUACUAAGCUAAUCGUUGAAUACACUCAUAAACAUCAUCUGCAUGCAGGCGUGUCCCUAGCAUUCGCGAUUUUAAAACAAACUUUUCAUAUACUGGGUUGCAGAAAUCUAUUAAGAAAAAUAGUACAUGACUGUAUUAAAUGUCUUCGACAGCGCAAAAUGUCUGCAGUGCAAUUCAUGGGAGAUCUCCCAGUUGAGCGCGUUCGGUUUUCGCGGCCUUUCAGUAAGGUUGGUUGUGACUAUGCGGGCCCAAUAACACUGCGGUUAGCUCCUGGGAGAAAUCCAAAAUUUGUUAAAUCGUACAUAGCAAUUUUUGUAUGCUUUGUUACUAAAGGAAUUCAUAUUGAACUCGUCGGUGACCUAUCGUCAAACGCAUUCCUUUUAGCUUUAGAUCGUUUUAUAUCGCGUCGUGGAAGGCCUAUCGAGAUAUGGAGUGAUAACGCGACAAACUUUCAUGGUGCUAAACGAAUGCUUGGGGAGUUAUACAACCUCCUCAUUAGUGAGCAGCAUCAAAAUGCUGUAAUAAAUCAUCUCUCUAAAGACCAUAUCACCUGGAAAUUUAUACCACCUUCUGCACCCCACUUUGGAGGGUUGUGGGAGGCUGGUGUAAAAUCUGUUAAAACUCAUAUUAAACGCGUAAUCGGUGAAAACAGACUAACAUACGAAGAAAUGUACACCCUGUUAGCUAAAAUCGAAUGUCUUCUCAAUUCACGCCCUAUGUGGCAAACCUCAGACUACGAACCCACUGCUUUAUCUCCAUCUCAUUUUAUGAUUGGAGAUUCCUACUCUGCAAUACCACAACCAAAUUCUUUAAAUUUAAAUAUUUCGAAACAAACUAACUGGUAUCUCUUACAGCCUUUGAUGCAAGGCUUUUGGAGGCGGUGGCACCAGGAGUAUCUGACGUCUUUACAAAAUCGACGUAAAUGGCAGAAGAGUCAACCUAACAUAAACAUAGAUGACAUAGUUUUACUUAAGGAGCCAAAUCUUCCUCCAUCUAAAUGGAUUCUUGGCCGAAUUAUCAAAAUCCAUCCUGGCAAAGACAACAGAUGCAGAAUUGUUACAGUACAUACGCAGUUUGGAGACUACAUUAGGCCUAUUGUGAAAAUUGCUCCUUUGCCUAUAACUGAAAGACCGGAGUCUUCCAGGGGGGGCUGA